ACCAGAUUUUUUGACUCCUCCACUUGGCCCAGACUUGGCUUUCAGGGCAUGAUUGUAAAUAUCUGUUUACUUUUUCUGUGUUUUGUUGAUUAUCUUAACUAUAUCAGAUCAUCUCUGACCCAUCAGCCUAUAUUGGGGUAUAUAUUUGGUAUUUCAUUUUAUUUUGUAGCUCUGCUGUGACCGAUAUUAUUUAUGGCUGUGGUUGUCUGUUAGAUGUGUGUGACGGGUGACAAGAGAGGCUGGCUCCCUGAAACAGUGAACAGUAAUUGUAAUUAGAGGCUGGCUGAUGUAGUAAAUAUUUUCUAUAUCGGCCGAAAUUAUUUUUAAAAGCCGAUUAAAAAAUAAAUAAUAAUAAUAAUAAUUACAAACAAAAAAUAAUAAUAAUUAGGCACCUGUGUGGCCAACUGCCGCCACUACUAAACUGAAAACCCGACGGACCCAACACACCGAUAAAAAAAUGUUUUAAGUUUGUUUUAUAUUUGAAGUUCAGUAGAUAUUAAGAGAUUUAUUGACUUAUUUAAUUUAUAUUGUAUUGCACACAUUGAAUGUUCAGUCGUCUUUCACAAUCAACGUGCUGCUAAAACGUGUGUGUGUGUAUAUAUAUAUAUAUAUAUAUAUAUAUAUAUAUAUAUAUAUAAUCGGCCUUAAUAAUCGGCUUUAAAUAUCGACCAUCGGCAACAAAGUUCUUUAAAAAUUGGUAUCGGCCUUUGAAAAAAACAUAUUGGUCGGCCUCUAAUCAUAAUAAAGCUAGGCUGACUUGGAAGUUAAACCUCUCUUCUUUCAAAAACUGUUUGAAUGUUUCUGAUGGCACAAACCAAUGCACAGUUACAAAGUAAAGUGUGUCCCAGCGUGUUUUUAUGAGAAACUCUGAGGUAGCCCAGUAAAAGCGUCCAAUGCCUUCUGUUUUCCUCAUUGUGUUAUCAGAAUAAUAAUUUGAGUUUUGGUGGUAUGAUGUCAUUUCCUGUCAUGAUGAUGACCGCACAUUGCGAUUAAUGUGCUGAAGUAAGGUAAGGCGAUAUGGACAAAAAGUUGUAUCUUUCAGCUGAAUUCUAAUAUACAACGUAUAUCGAUAUUUUUCCUCCUGUAAAAUACUUACAAGUUAACUCCCUUCGAGCUGUCUUGAGAAAUGAUAUACAUAAAUUAAUCAGCAAAUUAAACGCAUAAAAAUGUAUAUAUAAAUGUAUAUCUUUGUGUUUGACAUGGUUCAUUUUUAUACUGGAUUUGGAGCUGUUGUAAUGUAAUCUGAUCGUUGAUUCUAAUAAAGUAUUUAUCUAUCAAUCCGUUGACAGCUAGAUAAGUAUCAAAUGUCCCACAGGCACUUUUUUUUAAUUAUAGUUAGAAUUCAUGCAAAAUCAUUUAAAUUCUAUCUACAGGUGGCUCAUAUCAUAUUUUGCACAAGUAGGAUGGAGAACCAGCCCGUUUGCAGCCACGGUGAAAAGGCUCGCUGAAACGUCCCCAAAUAUUUAAAACCCAGGAAGCCAAAUGCAAACUUUAGGGCAGAACAUUGACCCAGAGGUUUUCUGAUUGAACAGACUUGUGAGAAUACAGAUAAUGACUGCUUAGAGCAUUUAUCAGACACAAGGCUGGCCCACGGAGCAUUUUUAUGUGGCCCGCGAGAUAAAUUAUAUCAAAACUGACCCGCUGGCCAAUUUUACCGCAAAGACUACAACUCCCACGAUGCUUUGCGGCGUUAGCGCAGAGCCGAAGCGCUCCCUCCUUUGUGUUUUUUCCAGCGUCUGCUGCCAGUGUCUGCAGCUCCGCUGUCUCAGACAAACUAAAUACUCCUCUUACUCAGCGCCGAGUUUACUCAGCUUUUUGCUGACGUAAAGCCCAGAAACGGAGAUUUUAACUGCUCAGUAAUGUGUUCACGACUGACAGAGAAAGUUUUUCAACUAACUUCCAGACAGAGCUGAUAUAACUCCAGCGAGCAGCGACACGCUCAAAUCAGCAUGACUCUGUGGCUGCUGUAGUUUUUAUUUUUCCUCUCCGACACAACAAUGUGGUCAAGCUGCUCAGACAUGUUCAUCAGCACAAACCUAUAUGAGCACCUGUUGUCAUUAUUAUGAUGAAGAUGAACAAAACAACAGGAGUCUCCUUCUCAGCUCAGGUCAACCCCAUGAUGCAGGUAUCUGGCUGGAACAGGUGAGCAUCACAGUAAACCAGUGGAGCAAACUGAGCUUUAAAUAUGUUGGUUUUCUGCUCUUUUUCUGCUCCAAAACAUGAAAGUUAACAGGUGAGAUGUUGCAUUUUCAUUUAAGAUAAAAUUAUAUUUUUAUUUUGUUGUUGGCCCGUGAGAAAAGAUUUAACCUACAGUAAAACAGGAAGAGGAAAGGCUGCAGAUAGAUGAAUAGAAUAGAAAAUCCCUUUAUGUUCCUCAGUGGGGAAAGCUAGACGUCACAGCAGCGAUGACACGUAUUACAGGAGAAAAAAAGAAUAAAAAUAAGAAAAAUGAAUAAACAAGAAAACAUAAAUCCUGAAUAAUUUUUAAAAUGCUGAAUAUACCACAAGGAAUAAAUACCACUGAUGACUUGCUCGUGUGUAAUUUGGUUAUUCCACAUUCAGUGUUAAUGCAAAAAUAAGUUUGUUUCCAAAUUAACAGGUUCAAAUUUGCAUAUAUGUUGUUAAAGAAAAUUAGCAAAUUUGCCAUCACUUUUUCCGAAAAUAUUAAGUUUGGCCCGCAACUUCGUCUCAGAUUUUCAUUUCGGCCCCUUGUGAAUUUGAGUUUGACAUCCCUGGCUUAGAGACUGAGCAAAUUAGUCACUAGCAUAGCGGCUUACUGCUAGCAUAUGAAAGAAAAUAUUUAAAGAAGUAGUUAGUUGGAGCCCAAGAUGGCAAUAAUCAUAAAAGCAGCACUAUGAUUUGCAGGGUGGGGUCGCUGUCUUUUCCAGAUCUAACAGGAACAUUCAAUGAAAACAUUUAAUUUAACCCAAAAGGGUUUCAGGCAGGAAAUGUUGUUCAAACAAAUAUCGGUGGGCUUACCCCUGCUGGUAUGAGCUGUGUUGUGUCAGAAGCUGGAUGUCGAGCAGAGAGGGUCCCAUUACUAAAGUCUUUGGUAUGACCCGACCAGGAUUUGAACCCGGUGUCCCACUUCCAGGGUGGACACUCUACUACUAGACCACAGAGAAGGAAACCUGAGACCCUCACGCCUACUGCACACUGGAAGCAAAAGCGGUGCGGAACGGCAGUGGAACUGUUUACUCGCGACAAUCACACAACUCAAGUGCACAGCGGGAGUGUUUCAGCAGUGAAGCGGCUUCUCUGCCCAGCUCCUAGCUCGACUCGCAAGAUCACAAAAUCCCUCGACUUCCGCAAACCUUCUUGCAAGAUUACACGAUCUCUCGAGAUUUCAAAGGUUACUGUUUUAUGAAAUCCGCCAUUAAAACAAGAAAAAGGAAAUCACGUUUGAUAUCGCUGUUUGAUGUCAUAUAUGAUGAUGUUCCUCGCCACCGCCAGGAGUAAAACCAUGAAAACACACAGCUGUACUUCUGGAAUUAUGCUGAUGGUAAAAAAGCCAUUAGGUGACACGUAAGCUUCAUAUAGGGCUUUGGAGCGUGACAUUGCAUGAUGGGGGCACGCCCUGGUAACGCCAUCUUGUCACCGAGGACUGAGGAACAAACGGAUAGCACCAGGAUUGCACUCUUAUAACAUUUAGCACCCUUAUAACAUCAGCAAUGGGUAGGACUUGCUGUGUAGUAGGCUGUAAUAUUAAGUCGCACGACCGGGAAGGUAAUGAGCUUGAAAAUGGGCUAUCUUUUUACUCCUUCCCUGCCUGGAAGCAACGUAAGGGAGCACAUGUGUCCGAUGUAACCAAAAGAAGACUGCUAACCUGGAUUGCAGCUGUGAGACGAGUCGAUCUUCAGUUCUCUACCAUCACCAAAUAUCUUCUAGUGUGUUCCAGACAUGUUUAUUCUGGUAAACCUGCCUAUGAAAUGGAUGAAACAAGUCCUGACUGGAUUCCAACGCUCCACAUGGGUCAUUCUGAAGUCUCUGCUUCAAAGUCAGACCGUCACGCACGACGACGGCAACGGAUGAAAAUUAAAGGAGGAGGUGUUCAGUAUGAAGCGGCAGAUGGUGAAGGAGACACCCCCUCCAAAGUUUUAGAUGUGGAGCUGCCAGAGAUGGACCUGACAGACAAACAACACCGUGAUCACCUGAUGACGGAGGCAGUGGUCCAGGGGAAUGUUGAAAAAGUGAAAGCUGGGACAGCAUUUGUGGAGGAUGGACAUCAGACAGAGGGAGAAACAGAAGAAAAAUGCCAGAAGAUGGAAUGUGAACAGAACAGAGCAGAAAUAAAUCGGUCAUUGGCGGAGAGCAGAAGGCUCCGUUCAGAGUUGGAAAAAGGGAGUUGAAUGAAUACUUUUUAAAAGGUGACACUGAAGAAGUAAAGUGUUAUACUGGACUACCUUGUUUUGAUAUUUUAAUACCUUUGUUCAGCAACGUGAAAGCUUUCCUGCCGGAGUCAAAGAAACUGUCGUGUUUCCAAAUGCUUUUACUCACACUCAUGCGUCUGAGACGUGAUCUUCCUGUCCAGCAUCUUUGCCAUCUUUUCAACAUUUCCCACAAAACUCUGGCCUUGUUCGAGUUGAGCAGCGCCUCGCCUGGAAAGCAGACGAGAGCAGACGGAAGCAGCAGGGGGAGUGGCUGAAAGCCGGCGUUUAAGUCGGUCAGAUUUCCCUACAUGUGUAGCUCACGGGUGAUGAGUGAAGAUAUCACGUUAGCGUUCAUACUUGUUUAAUUUUAAACUUUAAUUCUGGUGUCUGUUAGCAGCUGAAACACAUCCUCAUGUGCUUGUGGAUAUCAUAUAUUGUAUAUGAAGACAUGACUGUAAUAAUAAGUAAAGGUUAUCAGCUGUAGGUUUAGUGUGCUCAUAGGAAACGGGACAAAAGAACACAAAACUCAUUUCUCUUUAUGGCCUAUAUAGUUGUCAUCAUCGACGUAACAUGAUUUACAGAAUACAUGUGACCAACUAACAUUUCAUGUUCUACCACCUGAUGUUUGGAUCAAAAUAUGAACCAAUCAGAUCUUAGAUCAGGUGAGAGCCAGGCGUUUCCCGUCAUGCCCUAGGUUUUACAGCCGGUGGAGAGCAACUGCAGCGCCUUGCUCCAAAAAUCUGCGACCGACUUGAUCUCACGAGGAUAUCGUUGCUUAUGUAGGCAUGACGUCAGAGCAAGUCGGCGUCAAGUCGGACUCAAAUCUAACCAGCAUGCACUGCGCGCCGAUCACCGGUGAUCUAAUCUGCGCAGAACUGGCUCAUCUCGAACACAGCCUCUGUCUUCUGCCUUUCCCUGAUACAAUCGAUGUUCUUUAAGCUUGCUUAGGGCCCCCUGGUACACUGGCCUGAGAGGCACUGCCUAAGAGCCACCACGCUGCAAAAAUUUAUAAAUUUUUGGAAACAGAGUAGCCAUCAUUGUUGACUGUUUUGAAAUCUGUAUGGAAAGACUGUCCAAUUUAAAAGCACAUGCACAAACAUAUUCUCACUAUAAGGGUACACACACCAUGAAAUAUCUUAUAGGGAUUAGCCCACAUGGUUCAAUAUCGUUCAUUUCUAAGGGAUGGGGCGGGCGUGCAUCAGACAAACAUAUCACAGAAAACUGUGGACUUCUGAACAAACUGUUACCAGGGAUGUAGUGUUGGCUGACAGAGGUUUUGACAUCAGAGAUGCUGUGGGAAUUAUAUGUGCAGAGGUUAAGAUCCCUUCAUUUACAAGAGGCUUUUGUCAACUUGAUGCCAAGGACAUUGAAGACACACGAGCUAUAGCCUACCUGAGAAUACACGUUGAGCGAGUCAUUGGGAGGUUGCGCAACAAAUACAAAAUGUUGCAUACCACAAUGCCAGUCCGAUCUCUUAUUCCAUGUGAGGGU